AUAUGGGAACUGUAUGACCGCACACCUGCUUGUAUCGACAUUUUCAAUUAUAAUGAUUACUAAAACUUCCGUACCUCGUAAUAAAUAUGUUCUGAUAUUGGUGCUUUGUUGAUAAUGAUGGGAUGAAGGAAACCUUUUUCGAAAAUGGCGAUUAUUUUUGGAGCAGCGAGCAGCAAUGUGUCCGGCCAAAAUGGUGCUGUCACUCCGGUUGAUUAUCAAUGCAGGAUUAUGCUCGGUCGGGCCACCAAUGUCAACAAGCAUUUUUCGCUCAUUUUUCAAACGCUGUCAGCAUACGCUAGGAAGAUGGCCGCCGCACGCGACAAAGGCGACGAUCUCGUGGAUAUUCUGACCUCGUAUGCCGAAAGCGAAUCCUACAACCCAUCCGCCCGUCAACAACUCCUCGAGUUCACCCACUGGAUGGCGUUGAUUCAAGACUUCCGGCAUAUCUCCGCCACGCGCAUUAUGAGCAAAAUUAUUCCGCCCUUUCACAAGUAUGAAGACUCGACCAAAGCGCUCAAACAGGAAGUGAAAAAAUGCCAAGCCGUCAGCGAAAAGAGCAAGCAUUCGCUGGACACUUUGGAGAAAAUUCGUGCCAAGAGUGGCGAAACGUCGUCAUUGUAUCAUGCCACACUGGACAACUACCGGCAAAAUCACACGGAAACCAUGCACCAACUGCAGCUGCUGCGCUUGCAUGGGAAGGAUUUUGAAGAAAAUAAACUGCACGAUUUAAAAGCUAUUCUGCAUAAUUUUGUCGUGUCCGAGAUGAUUUUCCACUGUCGUGCACUGGAAACGUACACGGCAGCCGCACGUUGCUUACAGAAAUGGAACACGGAGGAGGAUUUGAAAGAAUUCCUGACAGCCUGCGACGCGAUGAAUAGUAAUGAAAAUACUGACGUCGUUAGAACAGAAUUGCCCCGAUGGUGGUGGCACCAUCAGGGAUGCGCAACAGUAUUUCGCAACCGGCGCUGACCGGGAAUGAAACCACAGCGGAAACGAAUGCGCCAGCGCCGGUUGAUCGGCAACACCUGUUCCGUGCGCAAUCGGCCAUUGUGCAACGACAAACCGCUCGACCGGUACCGACACCGGCCUACCGGAAUGCCCGCCAAAUGGAGGAUUCUGAAAGUGACUGAGUUGACAUAGAGCUGAAUCGGUGAUUGUUGAUCAUUGUCGGCAUUAUGGUUAAUAUAAAUCACCACAUUAGUGUUUUUGUUCAAGCAAUGCACUCACUGCAUGAAUAACUGGUAAAACAUAAACAAUAAAAAUUAAAAGAAUUAAACAUGCAUUUAAAGCAGUGUGUUACUAAACUAAUACCGUCAACAAGGAAAUAAAUUCCCGUCAGAUCCACCAAUGUCAGAA